AAACAAGCGAUAAGCGAUUAUUGCUCGUAUUUAAGCGUCGAUCACGCUGACAGACAUUAAGUAGCAGUUUUCCUGUAGCGAGUAGCAACACGAUUUUCAAGUGAAAUAAGUCAAGAUGUCGGCAUACAAGUAUAUAAUCACUUUGGCUGUUCUAAUUGCCGCUGUAUUGAUGGUCAGCACCGUACCAUCCGCUAAUGGAACUAUCGCUUCAUAUGCUCCAGUCAACAAAUCACACAAUCUAAUCAUCGGCAGAAGGAUGCCGGGUGAUAGGGUCGUCCUCAGACAAAACAUUUUCAAGAAAGCUCAAUGGAUGAAGGUUCAGGUUGUCGAGAAGAGUUUUAAUGUCUCGAAAUGGGAACGUAUCACACUGGUUCAAGCAUUGGACCAGCAGUUGAAUGGAACCGGCGCGUACCCUAGUGUUGUACGAGGUGGACCCGGAUACAACAACGUUACCUUAAAAUUCAAGAGUCAAAGGGGUUACGCCAUUAACUUCGUCGUUCAGCUUUUUGCACGACCUUAAUCAACUACAGUGGGAGCAACUGGUCCUCUGACUGGAGGAUUUCUGAAUGUGAUUAGGAUGGAGAAAAGUAGACAAAAAUUUUAAGAGCUAUGUUCUGAGCUAUUUAUUAUUAAACCAUGGCCAUUAUCGUUAAAAGAAGACUGUCAUCGAGUAUUUUUGUUAUUCACUUUAGCUCUUUGAUGUCUUGAAUGUAUUACUAAUAAAUUAAUAUAUAAUUGACAUA